AUGGCUUUCACUAAGGCACUCAAGACCUCUGCUUACCACUCCCGUUACCAGACUCCUUUCAGAAGAAGAGCUGAGGGAAAGACCGACUACUAUGCCAGAAAGAGACUCGUCACCCAACACAAGGCCAAGUACAACUCUCCAAAGUACAGAUUGGUCGUCAGAUUCACCAACAAGGACAUCAUCUGCCAAAUCGUCUCCUCCACCUUGACCGGUGACGUUGUCUUGACCGCUGCUUACUCCCACGAGCUCCCAAGAUACGGUAUCACCCACGGUCUGACCAACUGGGCUGCUGCCUACGCUACUGGUUUGCUCGUUGCCAGAAGAGCCCUGCAAAAGCUCGGCCUGGACGAGACCUACCAGGGUGUCGAGGAAGUUGAGGGUGAGUACGAGCUCACUGAGGCUGUUGAGGACGGUCCAAGACCAUUCAAGGUCUUCUUGGACGUUGGUUUGCAAAGAACCACCACCGGUGCCAGAGUUUUCGGAGCUCUGAAGGGUGCUUCUGACGGUGGACUGUACAUUCCACACUCUCCAUCCAGAUUCCCAGGUUGGGAUAUCGAGUCUGAGGAGCUUGACGCCGAGGUCCUGAGAAAGUACAUUUUCGGUGGUCACGUUGCUGAGUACAUGGAGGAGCUGAUGGACGACGAUGAAGAGAAGUACAGAACUCUGUUCCAGGGCUACAUUGCCGACGACAUUGAUGCCGAUGCCAUUGAAGACCUGUACACCGAGGCUCACGAGAAGAUCAGAGAGGACCCAUCGUUCAAGCCAACCGAAAAGAAGUUCACCAAGGAGCAAUAUGCUGCUGAGUCUAAGAAGUACAAGCAGAAGAAGCUCACCAAGGAGGAGAGAAGAGAGAGAGUUGCUGCCAAGAUUGCUGCUUUCAAGGCUGCUCAACAGUAA